AUGACCAGUAACAUGAUGGAUCUGCGCGGUUGGAUCGCAAAAUGGGGCCAACCUAGUAGAACUAGCAAUGUUGGACACGAUUUUGAACAGACUCUCGAACAGAAAAAGAGCAGGGAGCAAUAUGUUGCGCACCUUCUCGCUUCAAAACAAAUCGAAGCUCCUAAACAACCCGAAGCAUCCAAGCGAGAUGAAAUCCUACAACUCAAAUCUCUCUUGCCAUUGCAUCGCAACCCUGCUCAACACUUCGAGAGUCUUUCGGUCGUCCUCAUGUUCCGCACUCCUUUCUCCAAGCUAACACGCAGACAGCAAAGUAACUACGGCUGGGGAUUGGAAAGUGUGCCUCUGCUUGAAAUGUUCGGAAGAGAAUUUCUGAAGAAGAGCUGUGAUCUGUAUGGAGUUGAUCUUGGCAGAUUACAGCUGAUUGUCAAUGAAUUGUGGUUGGAAAAGGUGUUCUCGCCAUCAUUGAGCCUGAUGAGUGAGCUUGGGAAGUUUACAGACGAGGAACUGGUCAGCGAUUGGUUGAGAACAGCUCUCGGAUUGCCAAUUCUCAAUAAGAACGGGCUGGUGUCUGCAAAUCAAAGCAGACCUUCGGAGUCGCUUAGUGCUACACAGCGCCCUCAUGAAUCACGGGAAAAACCAAGACAAUCUUCCAACCCCGUGGCUCAGAAGCCAAAACCAUUAUCAAACAUUGGGCAACCCAAGGUCGGCGGUCGUAGUCCACGUCCCACGAAGAGUGUCUACAUGACGAUGAUUUCCUCUACUCCUAAACAUGGAGGAAAGAGUAACAUUUACAAUCCAUCUGCUCUCCGUCGACCAAAGGGCUCAGCUGCUCCGAUUCAAAACUGCAGGGCUGCGCAACCAUCAUAUGCCGCUUCGAUAUCUCAUUCCAUAUCCACAUCUGAGGGCGUGAGUAUCAGCAGAGCCAACACCGCCAGCCGCCGUUUCUCCACAUCUGACGGAUCACAAAAUGGGGAAUGGGACAGCUUUUGCCGGUCUCAAUCGACACAGCCAAAAGCGAGAUCGAGAUCUUUUUCUGAGGCUCCUAGUAGCUCACGAAACAGUGCUCCAGAUGCCUCAUUUUCUGCACCUGUUGUUCAUCAAUACGUACCACCUGCGAGUCUCCCCACACCUCAAUCCGAACAAAUUAGUCCAGGUACUGGGCUUGGAGUCGGAAUCGCCUCAGCUAGCAUUCCAAUCCCACAUGCUAUGCUCGAUAGUCCUUCGACUGUUGAUUCCGCUCCGGUCUACGAUGAAGAUGCCAUGGACAUGGAUGAUGCGGUCUUUAUAUGCACAUACAACAGCUCGCUUGUCCCCAGUCAAGCCCCGAAAGGAUUGACCAAUACUACUCUUGAUUACUAUGACGACGGAGACGCAAUGGAUCUUGAUGAUGGGAUGGAUCUCGAUAUCCCAAUGCCCGAACGUCAACGAAGACCCUCUCUGAUUCGCCAUCAGACUUUGUUGAAAUCAACACAUGUUGCAUCCGAGACUGGGACUGGGACUGGGUCUGCAGCUACAUCUCAUAGCAGAAGCAGUAGCAGACGAAACUCUAUCUGCGAUCCCUCACCGACUGCUUCUACUGUUAUAAAUGCAAUGAAAAUCAAUCAUUCGAGAGUAGUCAGAAGCUUACGCAGAUCUCGUCGUUCAUCUCUGUCUCUGCAAGAUGUUGUGACCAGGUGGGAGGAUUUGAAUACUCGCCCAUUUUAG